GUGACACUGAGCGCGGGGCAGCUGUUCAGCCUGCAGUGACGGUGAGACGCUGGGAUCAGAGGUCGAUUACUGAUGUAAUCACGCAGCAUUUCUACUGCGCAGCAGAUCCUCCCGCGCGCCUGCUCUUAUUAUUACGAGGAGGUUGUCUUCUUCUUCUCCUCCUCCUCCUCCGGGCGGCGGUAGAGGCGACCAGACGUGACGUAGCGACCGUAGAGGAAGAAGAGCGGCAGUAAACAGCGGCAGCCUUGUGUUGUAGCAGCAGUGGGCGUCCUCGUGAUGUCAUGGUGAUGUCGUCGGUGAAGGAGCGGUACCGUGACAUCAGUCCUGUGACGCUGCAGGUGGUGGGCGGGGCCGUGAGCUCCAGUCAGCACUCUGUUCGAGGAGGAGUCCUCCAUCUUCCCUCUGAAGGGGGGUUCAGUGGAUCUGUCCUGUCCCAUCGACCCCCCCUCCACCCAGGAGGAGAUGGCACAGUCCGCUCACCUCAUGACUCUGGGCCUGUGUCGCAUCUCAGCAGCCAAACCUCCUCCUCCUCCUCCGUCCCGACCCGUCCAGCGCGCUUCACCUGUGGUGACACCUGACACCCACCUGCAGACCGACAGCCUGAAGCCGAGUGGUGGCGAGACGGCGACCUCGCCCUGCAGGAAACGGCGGCUGCGGCUGCUGUGUCUCCUGUGUCCUCUGACGCUGCCGUCCAGGCGGCUGCUGGACGUCCACGUCCGGUCUCACCGGGGCGCCGGAGGAUUCGGCUGCGUCUGCUGCAGCUGGACGGCCGACAGCUGGGAGGAGCUGGAGCCUCACUGGCGGAGCCACUGCAGGAGGAGGCGGAGGAGGAGGAGGAGGAGGAGGAAGGAGCAGAAGCAGGAGGAAGAGAAGAAUAAUAAGAAGAAGAAGGCGGCGGCGAGGCCGUUCAGCUGCCCGGACUGUCUGAGGACGUUUAGGAGCGCCGAGUUACGAAACGCUCACCAACAACAAGAUGAUGGCUGCAGACAGCGUCACCACGGCAACCACUCAGACGGAUGGAGGGGCCGGCUGAUUGGACGAGCAGGAGGGAAGGAGGCGGAGCACACAGACAGACAGACCAGCAGAGCUCAGACCGGGUCCAUGCAGGGCGUCCGGAGGAAGACCAGAAGGAAGAAAGAAGAGGAAGAGAAGGGGGGCGAGGAGACGUCUGCUGACGUCAGAGACCAGACAGGAUUCUGCUGCUCUUUGUGUCACAGGAAGUUCUCUACCAAGCUGACUCUGAGGCGUCACCUGGGCGUCCACGGGGGACAGAAACCGUUCACCUGUCCUCACUGUUCCUACAGCAGCAGGCUAAAGGCAUCACUGCUGCAACACCUGAGAACCCACACAGGUGAGAAGCCGUACAGGUGUGCUGAGUGUCCAUAUGCUUCUAUCGAUCGCAGCUCUCUGCUCAGACACUGCAGAACCCACAGCCAGGAGAAACCAUACAGGUGUCAACACUGUGACUACAGCAGUAUCCAGAAGAAGAGUUUGGACCUCCACGCUCGCCGCCAUCACACCGGCGAGUCGUUUCCAUGCCAGCAGUGUGAGUAUUCGAGUCCGGACCGCCAGCUGCUGCUGAGACAUGUCCGCAGACACCACGCCCCCUCCCAGCAUGCCACACUGUGACCACGCAGCUGAUCGGACACUCUCAUUGGACUGUUAGCUUGUGGGGAGGUCUGAUGAUGUCACCAGACGUGCUGCUGAUGUCACAGUGUUUUAACUGAAUGUUUUUAUUUAUCUGCUGGUUGGAUUUGCAUUAAAGGAACAUAAAAGCUGAA